CGUUGGUUGCUAUGGUGCUGUAACGGGCCUGCAGAAUGUCGCUGUCCGCGCUGCCGCUAUCUCCCGCCCGGGUAUUCGCGGAGCUUUUAGCCCCGCCGCUCGGGGGUCGCGGGCGGGAGAACGAGCCGGUGCCGGGGCUCCUCGGCGGCCGCGGCACCCCAGUGCCGCCAGGGCGGGAGGUUCACGUGAGCGGCAGCGCGGAGCUGUGUGCGGCCCCGGACCGGGCGCGGGUCUCCAUCCGGCUGGGGAGCAGGAAAGGGGAGGCCGAGGAGGCGCGGAGCAGCGUGAGCCGGCGGCUGGAGUACAUCGCGCAGAGCGCCCGGCAGCGCGGGGUGCAGGAAGAAAAUGUGACUGUGACAAAGGAUUUUAGUAGAGUAGAAAAUGCUUAUCAAAUGGAAGCAGAGGUCUGCAUUACAUUUAGUGAUUUUGGAAAAAUGCAGAACGUUUGCAACUUACUCGUUGAGAAACUGGGUAGUUCUGUUAUCAUCAGUCCACCUCACUUCUACCAUACAGCAGAGUCUGUAGACACCCUUCGGCGUCAAGUGUGUCUUGCUGCUGUUGGGAACACACGUCGAAAAGCUCAAGAGGUCUGUCGACUGUUCGGCCAGUCACUGGGAAAACCGCUGCUUAUCAGAGAAGAGGAAAUGAAAGAAUGGGAAGGACAAAUAGACAGUCACCCAUCCAACUCCUCAGACACACUGACUGUGCAGCAGAGAAUCCAAAGUGCUACUAUUUAUGCUUCUUCAAAAAUAUUUGCUAUUUUUGAGAUAAAGGGAAGAGAAAAGAGAAAAAACAAGCGUAUCUAGAAGCAUGUUAAAGCAUUUUUCUUAUUUGUCUCUGACAAAUCUUGGAAUAAAUUUAUGUACUUUAAAGUACAAAUUUAUUCAGUUUUUUCAGACCUGUAUCUUCCUCUGUAAAUGAUCAGGAAAAACUAGUUAUAAUAUUAGUUGUCCGCCCCCCUCCCUUUCCAAAAAAUAAGACCAGAUUGUUCUCAGAACUACCUGGAAAGAGAGAAAUAGUUUUAUCAUGGUUUUUCAAACAAAUUGAAGGUGGACACCCCAAGCUACACUGAAAUCAUUUCAGAGUGGAAGCCGUGUUAGUCUCUAUCAGCAAAAAGAACGAGGA